AUGAGCGACAUUCCAUCUACACAUGAAUUGUACGUAAAAGAAGUAUGUAGAGUUUGUUUAAAUGAUAAUACGAACGAUUUGCUCAAUUUGUUUGAGACCCAUGCCCCGGAAAUGCUACAGUUUUGUGGGUUUUUAGAGGUAAAAGAAUUGGACGAUUUCCCAAAAAAAAUCUGCAGUUCUUGCUUGACAAACGUAUCAACCAGUUAUGAAUUGAAACAACUAUGCCAGUCCAGCAAAACCUAUUUUCAAUCGUUGUCCGACCUCUCGAUGCUGGACUCGGAACUCAAAGUAGAAUCGGAUGAGGACGAGGACGAGGACGAACCUUUUGUGAAAACAGAACCUGAUUGUCAGAUGAAUGUGAGUGACGAGAAGAGUUUGCCUGCAGAUGAAAUAAAUGAAACUUCCCAAGGAGUUGUAGAAGAGCCUGUAAAAUUCCAAUGUCAGAAAUGUAGAAAGGCCGUUUUUGAUCAAGAAAACGACUUGUUUAUCCACCAAUCAAUUCACGAUCCUGAAUUAAUUUGUAACCAAUGUAACAAAAAAUUCGAUGCUGUGAAGGUUCUCCAAAGGCACAUAAAGACCCACAUGGUAUCAAAAAAGUUCGCUUGCAGAUAUUGUCGCAAAGCUUACACAGAAUCAGCAGCUUUAGCGAAACACAUCAGGAGCGUCCACUUCAAAUUGCCCACCGAUAAAAAGCAUGCUUGUCAAUAUUGCGGCCAAAAGUUUGUUGAUAAUAAAUACAGAUUGAUACACGAAAGGAAACAUACAGGUGAGAUGCCUCUACAAUGUAGCGUUUGCGACAAGUGCUUCUACGACCCUUCUUCGUUUAAGGCCCAUUUGGAUGCCCAUUAUGGUAUUAAAGUGCAUUUGUGCCCUGAAUGCGGGAAAUCUUUUUUGACCGGUUCUUUAUUGAAACAACAUCAACAUGUGCACCUCAAGCGACCGCAUAUUUGUAAUGCUUGCGGCUUGAAGUUGUCACAACCGAGAACUUUGAGGAGACAUCAAGAAGUAUGCUUUAAAAAGCUUCAUGUUCGAUGUACGAAGUUCGAGGAGAAGCAGCAAACGCAAUCAAGUGGAACUCGUGGGAAUGACAGUGAAAGUGAUUCGCAGGAAUAA